ACAGGAAGUGACGUCGUGGUCAGAGGUCACGGCACGCCACUAGGGAACUUGUUUCACAAUGCAGGAUAUUCUUUAUUAUCUUCGCUAAUUAUGGACUGUUGUAUUCUCUUGGCGCUCUGGUACUUAAUUCCACUUUACGCACUGAUUCAAACUUUGCGCUUCAUUUUUGCUGAUGCUGACUUCACUUUACUCUGGGCACGCAUGUUUGGGCGGAGACCAGAAACCGAAUUAAAAGGCUUGGUGGUCUGGAUCACUGGAGCAUCCAGUGGGAUAGGAGAGGAAUUGGCGUAUCAACUGGCAAAGUGUGGCUCUCGGCUCAUUCUUUCGGCCCGUCGUGUGGAUGAGCUUAAUAGAGUGAAACAACGGUGUAUGGAGUGUUCGCAUGUACAAGAGGAGGAUGUUCUUGUUCUUCAACUGGAUUUGCUGGAGAGAAAAUCCUUCAAGUCUAAAACGAACGCAGCUAUCCAGCACUUUGGCAAUAUCGAUAUCCUGAUUAAUAACGGGGGCCGUAGCCAGCGGUCUCUGUGCUUGGAGACCAGCGAUGACGUUUAUGAUGCCUUGAUGGAGCUCAACUUCCUCGGCACCGUCUCCCUCACCAAACAAGUCCUGCCUCACAUGAUGCAGCGAGGAACGGGGAGUGUUGUGACUGUUAGCAGCGUGGCUGGCAUCAUCGGGGCUCCCCUGAGAGGAGGAUAUUCAGCCAGCAAACAUGCUCUCCAGGGCUUCUUCAACUGCCUUCGCUCUGAGCUGACGGACUAUCCGAAAAUACUCAUAAGCACCGUGUGUCCGGGGCCUGUGCAGUCAAAGAUCGUCGACAAUUGCUUCACAGAAGAGGUCGACAAGACGAUGGCCCAAGGACAGGACCAGCAGCACAAGAUGAGUACGAGCCGCUGUGUGCGGUGGAUCCUCGUGGGCAUGGCCAACCAGGCCAAGGAGAUGUGGAUAUCCGACCAGCCGGUCCUCGGCUUCUGCUACCUGUGGCAGUAUGCCCCUACAUGGGCGUGGUUCCUCACCGCUAUGUUUGGCAAAAGAAUAGUGCAAAAUUUCAAAGCCGGUUUGGAUGCAGAGCGCUUGCACUUUGCAAAACCUAAGGCCAGCUGAGGAGCAACAAUGAAGAGGGAAAGUGCUUUAGUGACGUCUCGAAAAGCCUGCCCUGGAUAUUGAGACGGGGACUUCAAGGUCCUUUAACUGAUUGAAAGAAUCAGAAGAAUCAGAUUGGGUUAAUCCUAAGAAAGCCCUUAGUGAUAAAUCCUACAAUAUACGAGUACAGUUCUUCCAACUGCAACGGUAGUUAUUCUGAAUUUGAGUUAUUUACUAUCAUAAAGACACUCCUUUCCUAUUCAUGCAGCAAGUUUUUUUGGUUUCUUUUUAAUACCGAUUGCUUGAUUAAUGAACUGAAUUACAGAAUUGAUUUUCUCCACGAAUGUAAUUAUUUUCACUUGUACACAAGUUCAUUUUAAACCUAAGGCACACAUCCUUAAAUGGCUAAUGGAUUUUUCCCUCACCAUUUCAGAGAAACAAUUAACUUAAUUAUGUUGGCUGUAUUGUGAACCGUGUUUGUCUCAGCAUCCGUAUUUUUCAUGAAAAGUUAAAUAACACCACAUGCAGGGAAAUCAUUCCAAGUAAAAUUACAAAUUCACAUUCUCUGACAUUCUGAAAUAUGCUUCUUUGUUUUAUCAAAUUAAAGUUGCCGUUUCGAAAUUCUGAGAGUAUUGCAUCGAUCAAAGAAGGUUUAAAUGUCUGGUUUAUUAAAUACUAAAACCCUAUUUCAUUGCACAACUGAGAACGUCUCAUUUGUGCAUAUGACAAUAAACACUUUGAAUUGAAUUGAAUUGAAUUGAAUUAAUGUUUACUGCUUAAUGGUUCAUGUUUGACCUUACCUGCCUACUGCGCGCAUAUAGACACAGGUUGUAUAGUGCUGUUCGUGACCUUGCCUCAGUCGGUUAUUUUUUUAAGAUGGGUGGGGCCUGACUCAGAUCAUAGGCAUACAACCCAGCUGCAUGCUGGCCUGGCCAGUGAGUCUGAUGGCUACACUGGGAAAAUGCUGAUCAGUCAACUGUGAAUCUCACCAGACUGUUGAUAUUCCCAUGGAAAUGCGAAUCAAAUUUGGUUUUAAAAAUAUAUACUAUUUGGGUAUGUGGCAUGCAGAAGAAAAAAUAACGAAUCUGCAUUAUUGAAUACGAAGCUCGUUCAUAUAACAUCUGGGCAGCAAUCCCAUGCAUGCGAUCGUAUACAAAUAUUAAGCUUAGGCCUACUUCUAGACGCAGUUAACGAGAGGUAUUUGGUGAGAAUAUUUUUCAAGCUGGCUCACCUUGAGUCAAUAGUCCGCGCCCGCCUAUGUUUAAUUAACAUUCCGCUCGUGGCGGAUUUAAUACAAAUUUGGGACACGCACGCGCACGCACACACACGCAAUUAACAAGCUGGGAAGUGUUUGUGUUGCUUGGCAACCGUCCAGUCCCAGCCCAGUCACCUUAUUGUUUGUGGAGCCAAAGAAAUGAUUCAACAAGCAAAUUAUCUUUGGUCGCUUAUAACCCUUAACUAAUAAACGGCUUUUGGAACUGUACUCUUGUACAUAAAGUAUUGUACCCACUACUGUCUUGUUCCUACUGCAUUGUAUAAUCUGUGUUAUACGCGUCUUGCUUCCUCUACUGUCUUAUUGUUCCUACCGUCUUGCUAUUCUAUGCCUUAUUUAGACCACACGAUGUUAAAGCCAACAUCAGCACCUCAUUAGACCACCUAUGUGCAUGUGGUGCUAACCCGAUCUCAGAAUAGCUUCUGUCUCUGCACAUGGAGAGGUCAACACGAUAAGUCAGACCCUGUAGUUGGGGCUCCUUCACCAUCCUGCACACACCGACAUAGAUUGAAGGUUUACCUGGAGAUGCUCCAUGGACCCCUCCAGAGUGCACGUCUGCCUCUCUGAAUAAACCACGUGUUGAACAUUUACCACUCUCUUAGUCACACCUAGUCCCGAAACCACAGAGGACUACAAUGACGAUCCAUCACAGCUUUCGAUGGUUAUGAAGGCUAAUUGAGGUUAAUUAGAAACAUCUGUACAGCCAAGUGAUACAUAAGGUAGUUAAAAGUCUCUGUUGUACUGUAUAGCAGUGGUCAUGCCUCGUGUCCAAUCAAAUUACCUGGUCAGAACCUACUGUCGUAUAAAAAGCUGUAUCACAAUCAAGGUCGUGCUAUUAUACUGAACAUCAGCACUGCUCUUUGUACCUACAGCCGUGCUGAUAUUCAGUAGAACAGGACUCCCUUUCGUUUGCUAUUGCUUAGUUAUACGCACAAUAGCUGGUUUACCGAUUCAUUCCCUUUUAUCCAGAAGAGAUUACAAUGAUGGACUACAAUCAAACACCCUGAAGACGUUUCCUUUGGCAACAUUUUAUAUAGAAUUGCCAGAAUCUUGUACAUCUUUUUUCCCUCUUUUGUAGGAUGCACUGUUUUGUCCCAAACAACAGAAAACGGACAAUGGAGCGAAAAAGAGAUUCAGUUGCAUUACUAAAAGCCAGC